AAAUAUAAGUGGAGAAUAUUGCCGUCAGUGUUACUUGGGUUUAAAGGGUGAAAUAAGCUGGGAUUUUAAGCAGAAGGGAAGGUUAUUUCAGGAUAAGGUAUCAUCCUUUCCAAACGAGGGCAGUCUCCCUCCAUCCCUCAUCCGCAUCUUUUUUGCUGCUUCACCGCAGUCACUAAACUGGGGCUCCAUAACCUGCCUGGCUGUCGUCUCUGUGGGGCGUAUACAAAAUGCCCAGCGUCACGGUGAAAGAUGUCAACCAGCAGGAGUUUGUCAAGGCGCUGUCAGCCUUCCUCAAAAAGUCUGGCAAACUGAAGGUGCCAGAGUGGGUUGACACUGUGAAGCUUGCCAGGCACAAGGAGCUUGCCCCCUGUGAUGACAACUGGUUUUACACCAGAGCAGCAUCCACAGCCCGUCAUCUGUACCUGCGAGGAGGAGUCGGCGUGGGCUCCAUGAUCAAAAUCUAUGGUGGGCGUCAGAGGAAUGGCGUAUGCCCUGCCCACUUCAGCGUGGGCUCUAGGAACGUGGCGAGGAAGGUCCUGCAAGCUCUGGAGGGCCUCAAGAUGGUGGAGAAGGAUCCCAAUGGCGGUCGUAGGCUUACCUCUCAGGGUCAGAGAGACCUGGAUAGGAUUGCUGGUCAGGUUGCCUCAGCAAACAAGAAGCAGCGAAGUUUACAGAGCGCCAUCUGAGGAAAUCAUUUAGGAGUCCAGAGAAAAGGAAUGCAGUUAUGCCUCGCUGCUUAUUUACUCAAGUUCACUCGCCUCCCAUAUCAAUCCAGUGCCAACAGUAACCGAGCACAAAAGGCACUUCAUAGCGAUGCAUGUGUCUAUAGUACAGCGAGUGCAAAUUAAAUAUUAUAUGUGAAUGUUUUGCAGCAGUUUGAGGUUAGCGGUGGCCUUGUAACAGCAAAGCACAGCGCAGACAUGAAAGCACUAAGAAUGUAAUAUUACAAAGCAAAAGCAUGUUCAUAUUUUUGCCUAUAAAUGUGAAGCUGUGAAAAAAGGUGAGACUCGAUGUAGAAAGGAAAGAAAUGCAAAGAAUUCUAAUGCACAGUUUUAUUCAUUUCCAAC